GGUCAAUCCCACUCCAAGCCCAGAUCUCAUCAAAAACCGAAACAGAGAUGACCCAAUUGAUACCAAUCAGUCUAUAAAUCUGGCACCAUAACUCAUGGACCACCUCGCAGUGAAGGAGGAAACUUGAAAAGGAGUAUGAAAUGAUAUUGAAGAGGACUUUGCAGAGCAUCUGCAUUUUAACCGUUAAUCCAAACACAACGACCUCAGUUAUAGUACAGGUUGUUCAUGAUGAUGGUUCUCUGCUUCCCUGUGCCAUAAAUGCAGCAUGUGUUGCCCUUGUAGACGCCGGAAUUCCUAUGAAGCAUAUGGCCGUGGCAACAUGUUGUUGCUUGACAGAAAAUGGCUUUGUCAUACUGGAUCCCACCAAAUUGGAAGAGCAGCAAAUGAAGGCGUUUGCAUAUUUAGUGUUCCCAAACUCCAUUCUCUCCAUUCUUGGUAAAGGAUCAUUACUGGGAGAAGGUGAACCCCUGGAACAUGGGCUCAUCACAUCUAUUACCCAUGGUGUUAUGCCAGUGGACGACUAUUUUUAUUGUGUAGAGCGAGGGCAAGCUGCAAGUUCAAAGUUGUCUGCUUUUCUGAGGAGGAGCUUGCAGCAGGAUCAAUACCCAAGCGACUUAUCGAAAACUGGUUGAUCUGACCAGUCAUGGUUGGAAAUAUCAACUUUUCGUUACUGUGGAGGUCCCCCCAGCCCGCUUUUCUUUUGGGUGUUUGUCAAAGUUGUCUCCAGAUAUUGCUAGACCUUGGUACUUGCCCUUGUUACUGGAGAUCUGCAACCCCUGUUAUAAGGUAGGUAUUGCCAAAAACCUCUUAGAAUAUACUUUUUUUCCUUACAGAAGCAAACAUGAUAGUUCUGGGGUUUCUAUAAACUUUGACUUUUCUUUUUCUUUCAGUCAAUAUUAGUUAAUACAAUAUAUUUCUAGUUUAAACACAAUGACACGUUGGAAUGGAUUUAGUAUAAGCAUGUUUAUAAA